CGCACCCCGGAGGCAGGCCAGCGCCCGUGACUGCGCGCGGCGCCCAGGGAAGUCCGCGUCCCGGGCUGGCCGGCAGACGAUGGCCGCGGGUGGAAGCGGACCCGGGUGUCCUCCCAUCCCGCCUUGCCUUGUCACCGUGGCCGCAAGUCAUGUCAGGUGGACCCUGGACCGCGUCUGUGAUGUCGCUUUCAUAUGACAGGCGGGGAAACUGAGGCCCGGAGGGGGGAGGGGCCUCGCUCAAGGUCACGCAGCUCUUCAGCUGCGGGGCCGGACGGAGUCCAGGGCUCUCGUCGGGUGGCCUCCCUCCCGGGAAGGUGGAAGAGAGGAAUGGAUGGAUGGACAGGCGGCUGGGCGGAGCCCUGGCCCUGAGUCUUAAUCCGUCCCUGCCCCUCAGGUCUGCUACCGCUGCCACCGCCCCCCCUGCUGCCCCGGCUGGGGAGGGAGGCCCCCCUGCGCCCCCUCCAAACCUGACCAGUAACAGGAGACUGCAGCAGACCCAGGCCCAGGUGGACGAGGUGGUGGACAUCAUGAGGGUGAAUGUGGACAAAGUCCUAGAGCGCGACCAGAAGCUGUCAGAGCUGGACGACCGUGCGGACGCACUCCAGGCGGGGGCCUCCCAGUUUGAAACAAGUGCAGCUAAGCUCAAACGCAAAUACUGGUGGAAAAACCUCAAGAUGAUGAUCAUCCUGGGAGUGAUUUGCGCCAUCAUCCUCAUCAUCAUCAUCGGUGAGUGGGGAGUGGGUGGCCAGGGCCCUUUCUCUGGAGAGGUUUCCCCUGUGGAUCCUGGGUUUUGAAGGUCAUUAACAUUGUUUUUACUAUUCAGCAAAAAACAUACAUAGCUGCCAGUGGCAGUUCUGAUUCAUCUAGAUCCCCAAACCUGAUGUUGUUUAGCCUGCACUUUGCCUGGCUUUGGGCGAUUUCUGUUAAGAUUUUGGAAACAGGAAAGCUGGUGGAUCCCUACUGCUCCCUUGAAGACCCUUUGGGCCUUGAGAGCCCAGGCUGAGUACCCUGGAAUUGGGGAGUGGGAGAGCAGGAGAGGCCCAGGAGCUCAAGAUUAGAAGCCAACCACCCCACUCUUUGAGAGCUUGUGGGCUCAGAGACCUAGAGGACUAGGGGUCUGUGGUCCCAGGGCCAUACCAUGGAGUUGAAGGGACCUCAGAAGUUGCCUGUCCAGCUCCUUGCUUUUAUAGAUGGAGAACCUGAGGCCCAGAGAGGGAAAGGGACGUCAGUCAGCCGGGGAGUGGGGAGGACUGGAGCAGGGCCAGGCCUGACACACUGCUUUCUUUAUCUUUCUCUCUCUCUCCCUGCUCCCCCUUCCUCCUCUUUCCCUCUCUCCACAGUUUACUUCAGCACUUAAACCCCUGAGGAGCCUGCCCUGCCCAGAGAGGGGCCUCUCCUCCUCCCCCCAGCCGCUCCUCCACCUCUCAGCCAUAUCUUCCAGCCCCUCCCCUGAAUCCGUGUGUGUGUCCGUGUGUGUCCCCUUGUAAAUAGCCAGCUGUUAUUUAUACAUAUAUAAUAUUAUAUAUAUUUGGUCUGUUUGUAGUUUUAUUACUAGAAGAUUUUUCCGGUUGUCCUUAACACUCCUUCCUGAGGUUCCCAUCACCUCCUCUCUUUCUUUCCUUGCCUUCCCCUCCUUUCCCCCAAGUCCCUUCAUUUGCAUCUGCUAUGCAAUAGUCCCUCUUCCUUUCCUUUCCUUUCCUUUCCUUGGAUUUAGCUGAUCCUUCCUCCUACCCAGGCCUUCCACUCAUCCCCACUCCACCCAGCCCUCCCCUCAAAACAAAGUGCAACUGUCCAGACCUCCCUAGGUGCAUCUCCUCUGCAUCCAUUGGGAGGCUCUGAGACUGGCCCCACAGGGUCCUAAGAAUCCCAAGGUCUUCUGGGAAGCUUCCAGCAUGUUUAUUAGCAUAUCAUUUGCAUACUGACAUCUCUGUUGGUUUCUUUUUUGUUUCAUCACUCUUCACCCAUGUUUCUUUUUUACUGAGGAGUCCCCAUUGGUUCUCGUAUCACGCUUUCAUUUUCAUGGCAUUACUUGCAGGUGGUGGGGAGCCUGAGCUUUUGGGGAACCAGGCUGUUCUGGUCCCCAGAAUUGCCCUCUCUUAACCCCUCUAGUCCAGUUUGCCUCCCUUACCCCCAUUUUCCAAACCUCUUGGCCCCUCUUCUCCGUUCCCUGGCUGGUGUAUGUGUCUUGGAGUUCAGUGUGUUAUGACGGACCAAUAUAAUUCUGCCACUCGGGGUCUCUACCCACAUUCCUGCUCCCCAGUUUUCGAGUGGGGAGCUCAACUGACAUUCCCAUGGGGUCUCCCUCCCUCCCAUCUGCCUGAUUCACCUUCUCCUCCCACCAGGAGAGUUGGGGGUUGGCCACAUCUGAUCUCUUUUGGGAGGGGUGGCUACCAGUGUUGAGGGGCUAUCAUUGCCUUGGGGAGGCAUGGGGCAGGGCAGAGAAUCCCCUCAAUUCCUGCCUAAAAUCUCCUCUGGUCCCACCCCUGCUUGGGGGUAGGACUGAAAACCUUUCCUUCUGGGGAGUAUUGCCCCCAUCACUGCCCAGCUCCUCAGACUGCCCCGCUGGAUGCAGGGUGGGAGUACUAGUCACUGCCAAUGCGUGUUGGGACUUGCUGGAAGUUGGGGAUCCUCUGUCCUCUCCAAGUGGUAGAGCCCAGAGAGAGCGCUGUCCCUUCCUUAGGUGAAGUGGUAGAUGAAGGGUCAACUGUCUUUUUAAAUGGCACAAUUUUAGGGGUCUGAGGGCUCAGUCCCUUAACCUGCCACUGGAGGGGGGCCCCCCAAACUUUUUCUUCCCCCACACUUGAGGUUUUCUGUGGGGGGGGAGCAGGGACAUCUAAGUUGUGGUGUGAAGGGUAGGGAGAGAUGCUGGGGUGGGGGCACUGUGUUCUAGACCCCCCAUAUUAUCCCAGUGUCCCCUGCCCCCCUCUUCCCCUCUCCUGUGCCCCCAAUUCUGUGGCGCAUCCAGAUUGUGAAAAUGUACAAUAAAUGUGUGAUGAGUAACCAGGUGGUGUCUGUUUUAAGAUCUUUUCUUAACCAGUGGGAAGGAUUCUGGAUCUGUUGGUAUACCUGGAAGAUUGAAAAGAAGGGACUGGGCUUUGCAGAAGGGCCCGACCUUGGGCAGUGCAAAGUGUGAUUCCCAAGUUGGCCACGUGGGGGGAGCACCAGGAGUUGGUAACGGGGGAAAAAUGUUCAUGACAGCUGUGUCCCUAAGCCUGGUGAACCGUUCAGGCUGGGAGUCCCAGCUUUCCAUCUCCCUAUCACCUGGAGCAUGCUUCAGCUGUUGGAUCCCCUUCUGUCCCUAGAUUUAACUCCUAGGUGCCCUGCAGGCACUCCUGUGGCCACUCAAGUAUAUGACCAGCUUGUCUGAAGCAUCUCUUCUCCUUUGUGUCUAGCACAGUGUCAGCACUCAGAGGCGUUAACAAAUACUUGUUGAACUGAUUAGCUUAGGGAGACCCACCUGAGCGUGGCCUGGAGCUGGCUUUGGAGGACGUACUACCCCUGCACACCUGCACAUUGUGCCGACUGACUGGUGACUCCAGACUCCACACCUAACUCCCAUGACGCCCCUAUCCGAUGUGGUACCCCAUCAUCCCUGUCCCUAGACACUUCAACAGUGGGUGGGAAGUGCUAGGUAAGCUCUGGAGGGCCGGGCUUCUCUGAGGAACCAGCAUUACAGAAAACCUAGAUAGCGUUUCCCAAACUUGCCAGCUCCUUCCCUGGAGAUUUUGAUUCAGCGGUUCUAUAAAGCAGCCCAGGUGAUUUUUAUAGUUAGGUACACAGUCAUUAUACUGUCCAUCAUCUAUUGAGAGCUUCCUGUGUGCCAGAGACCUCUCAGGGCCAUCUACCGAAUCCUCCUGGGUUUAGGGUUCCCAUAGGUCCUAGAACUCGCUUUCUCUGUGGUAUAAGGGCACUGGGCUCAAAUCUCAAUCCCUCCACUGACUAGUGUGUUACUCUGGGCAGAUUAUGAAACCUCUCAGGACCUCAGUCUCCUCAUUUGUGAGGCGGUGGGUAGUUAGUGAGCCUGCCUUUUUGGGAUUUGUGAGAAGCGCCUAGCGCGGCCCACAGAAAGCGCUCAAUCAAUAGGCAGCUAUCAUCUUCAUGGCCAUCCUCAUCAUGUGGUGCUGAGAUCUGAAGACCGCUUCACCCCCUAAUGCUCGCAUCUUCCAGCUUCCGGACCCUCAAGGACCUAGGGCUGGCGCCCCAGCGCAGGAGGCGGUGUUGUCACGCCCGGCAAGGCUCGACCCCGUCUCGGCACAACGCCCUUUUCCCGAUGCCUUCACCUACGCCAACGCCGCUCUCAUCUGCGCCUGCGUGUAGGUCACGCUCACUGCGCCUGCGCAGACUUCGCGGUCCAGGCUAGCAGUGUCGUCAAGGAAAAUCCCCAGCUUCUAGGUAAACAAGUUGCCGCGUGAGCCCGCCGGCACGUGUCGCCUACAUCUCCGAGACCUCUCAGCCUAUGAGAAAGCUUGGCGAGCUAGACCGACGUCUGCGUCACCGAUCUAGGCGACUCGGGGGUAUGUUUCUACAGCCAAUGAGAACGUCAGAAGUGAAUGGGGGCGUGGUUUCAGGUCAGGCUUCCAAUUAACGCGGUGGGGCGGUCCUUCUCGCACGUGGAUCUGUCACUGCCUAUUGGCAGGCGAACCAAUCAGAAGAUGACAGCGGCCAGCAGUGCCAAUGGAGGCUGUGCGGAGGCCGGGCGGCUGCACGCGGCGCGGGGCAUGGGUCGGCUCCCUUAGGCCAAUAAGCUUAGAGGGCGUGGCAAUCCGGCCGGUGGGCGGGGCUGGAGGAGCAAGUCCUAGUCGCUGGUUCCACUUGAAGGAAAUUGAACUCUGUGCGUGCCCAGCGGUACUGGCUGUGAUCAAACUGCUGAAUUCUCAGAGACUUAGACUUCUCACCUCACUUUCUUAGCCAGGCCUCCUGGCCCCCUUGUGCAUCCGUGGUGGCCUCCCCGCCUUCCCUGUUCUCCUCUUGUCCUCCCGAUGGCCCAGACAUGAGCGGCCCCAUAGAGGGGGCUCAUGGGGGAGGGGACCCCAGGCCUGGAGAU